AUGAUCAUCUAUCUGCUGUUUGCCUUAAUGGUGGUGGGUGAGGCCCAGUCCGACAUACCACUCGAUACAAAAAUGGACGAAAUAACUGAUGAAGCCAAUGAUCUCAUCCGGAACUUUACCGUCUCCCACAACAAAUACACACCUAAGAUUCGAACGCGUCUUGUGAGACUGGUUCUACGAAUGAUUCCUGUUGAAAAAGAGAUAAAGCAAAACAACCCAGAGCUACAAGAGGAAUUCAAUGGUACCGUUCUCCUAUUGGAGAAGAACAUGCGCAUCAGUUACCCUAAGAUUAGAGAGCGCAUCUCGGACCUCCUCGGCCGUUUUCUCACUCCAGCUCUGGCUCCGUUCGCACUGUUCAACGCGCCCUCGCAGGAUCAGCUUCAGCGAGCACUCCUAAAAUACGACAGAUCAGCUACAUUCACAAAUGAUGUCAACUACCGACCGAUAACUAGAGAUUCUGCAUCCGACCGCCAAUACUUUUUGACGUAUCCUAGUCGCUCUACAAACUAUCGUUCCGAAUACAUACCCGAUACUCAAUAUAAUUCUUACCGACCACUUCAAACCCGAUACUCCUACUUCCCCUACAAUCAAUAUCCAGAAGAAUACGACUCGAGUGGGUCAGAGCGAUAUUAUUGGCCUGGAUAUCGACAACGGUCAACUUAUCAGGAGUAUCAAAAUGUACCGCCCACAACGCAAUGGUAUUGGUCACAAACACCACAAGCACAACUCCAACCUCAACGCCAACAAUACUAUUGGGUAUAUCCAGAUGGAAGGGUGUAUGGGCAGUAUUCAAGUUUUCGAAAUUGA